UCGCAACAGAAGAAAGAACGCGCAGUCACACACCACCCCGCAGCAACACGCAAUACAAAUUGAAUUCGACUGACAAAUGCAGUGUGAGUAACCAGACAAACAUAAAGGAAGCUCCGAAUUUCUCCUUCCUUAAUCGCACUGAGUCAACUCGAAUAGCUUCACUCGACUCACCACGCAACAUAUGGAACACCUCUCCGAAGACGACAAUGCCGUCACCGGCGUGGGAAAUGGAAGCGGCGGCUUCCGUUCGAUCCGAGACCGUUUCCGCUUCAAACGAAACCCUAACUCUGCUGCCUCUUACCUUCCGUCCACGUCAACCGCGACGACUUCGCCUCUGGAUCGGCAAUACAAGCAAGGCCGAUCUCAUUCUCACCAUCACCACCACCACCACCACCAUUACAAUAGAUCAGCGGCUAAAAAGAUGUUAUUGUUUCCGUUUAGGGAGAGAUCGUGGUUUUAUUUGUGCAUUUUUUUAGUGAUAUUUGUGUUUGCUUUGGCGUCGAUGGUGCUUCAGAGCUCAAUCAUGCCCGUGUUUAGGCAAGGUGGAGGAGGGAGUGAGAGAGGCAAACGGCUGUGGCCUGUUAGAGAUGACUUGAAGUUGGGCAGCUCUUUGCAUUUUGAGCCGCAAAGGAGAUUUCAGCUUCACGACGGGCUUGAUCGGCUGCGGAGUCAGCCGAGAAUUGGGGUUCGACCUCCACGAAUUGGUCUUAUCUUAGGAAACAUGAACAAGGAUCCUUCAUCAUUGAUGCUAUCUACGGUGAUGAAGAAUUUGAAGGGACUUGGCUAUUUGUUCAAGAUAUAUGCACUACAAGAUGGUGAUGCUCGAGAAGUUUGGGAGGAAAUAGGAGGUGAAAUCUUGAAUUUAAGUCCUGAAAGACAUGGUCAUAUUGAUUGGUCAAUUUUUGAAGGUAUAAUAGCAGAUUCUCUUGAAGUGAAGGAUGCCAUUUCAAGCCUUAUGCAGGAGCCUUUCUGCUCUAUUCCACUCUUUUGGAUAAUUCAAGAGGAUACCCUUGCAAAUCGCCUUCAGAUGUAUGAAAGGAAUCAAUGGAACCAUAUCAUAUCUCACUGGAAGAGUGCUUUUUGCAGGGCUAAUGUUGUUGUCUUUCCUGAUUAUUCUUUGCCGAUGUUAUAUAGUGUGCUUGACACUGGAAACUUCUUUGUGAUUCCUGGAUCACCAGUAGAUGUUUGGGCUGCAGAAAGCUACACUAAGACACACUCCAAAUUGGUAUUACGGAAGGAAAAUGGUUUUGAUGAAGAUGAUGUGGUGGUUUUGGUUAUUGGAAGCUCAUUUUUCUUUGCUGAGCUGUCAUGGGAUUAUGCUGUGGCAAUGCAUGAUUUGGAGCCACUCUUACUCAAUUAUGCUGGGAGAGAAGAAGGCAAGGAGACCUUCAAGUUUGUCUUCUUAUGUGGAAACUCCAGCAGUCAGUAUGAUGAUGCUUUGCAGGACAUUGCCACUCGUUUGGGACUUUAUCAAGGAUCUCUAAGACAUUUUGGCGUUCAUGGUGAUCCUAAUGGGUUGAUAUUGAUGGCUGACAUUGUACUGUAUGCUUCUCCACAAGAUGAGCAGGGUUUUCCACCAUUACUGACACGAGCAAUGUCCUUUGGAAUGCCUAUUGUUGCAUUAGAAAAUCCUGUCAUAAAGAGACAUGUUGCUGAUCAGGUCCAAGGGAUGAUCGUUGCCAAACAUAACCCUGAUGCGCUAAUCAAAGCUUUCUCACUUCUGAUAUCGGAAGCAAAAUUACUGAAGCUUGCCCAUUCUAUUGCUUCCUCUGGCAGGCUUCUAGCAAAGAAUAUGCUAGCAUCAGAAUGUGUAAUGAGUUAUGCAAAGUUGCUUGAGAAUAUCCUCAAUUUUCCAUCAGAUGUCUUGCUUCCUGGUAACACUUCUCAGCUUAAGCAGACUUCAUGGGAGUGGAACUUCUUCCAGGAAGAAAUUGAUAAAAAAGCUGGUGACCUUGCAAAUCCACAUAGCAGAGGUUAUGGAUUAAGUUUGGGUGUUGUAUACAAUAUUGAAGAAGACAUGGCCAAUCUAUUGCCCUUAAAGAAUGUCUCUGGCAAUGAUUUAGAAGCUCUGGACGGGGAUUUUCCUACACAUUUAGAUUGGGAUAUUUUGAGGGAAAUGGAAAGUUCUGAGGAACUGGAGUCUUUGGAAAUGGAGGAGAUUGAAGAAAGAAUGGAGAAAGCGAUUGGUGAUUGGGAUGAAUUAUAUCGUAAUGCUCGAAAAUCUGAAAAGCUUAAGUUUGAAAUGAAUGAAAGAGAUGAAGGAGAGCUGGAAAGGACUGGGCAACCUUUGUGCAUCUAUGAGAUUUACCAUGGAGCUGGAGCUUGGCAAUUUCUACAUCAUGGUUCUUUGUACCGUGGGUUGAGUCUUUCUACUCGGGCCAGAAGAUUGAGGUCAGAUGAUGUUGAUGCAGUUGCUCGGCUUCCUGUCCUGAAUGACACAUAUUACCGAGACGUACUUUGUGAGAUUGGAGGCAUGUUUUCAGUUGCGAAUGGUGUUGAUAAUAUCCAUAAGCGACCUUGGAUCGGUUUUCAGUCUUGGCGUGCUGCUGGGAGGAAGGCAAGUCUCUCUACAAAAGCUGAGCAGGUUCUGGAAGAAGUAGUACAAAAAAAUACUAAAGGAGAUGUGAUAUACUUUUGGGCGAUGUUGGACAUGGAUGGUGGAUUUAUGGGGAGGAAUGACGUGCUUACUUUUUGGUCCAUGUGUGACAUCUUAAAUGGAGGAAACUGCAGAAGUGCCUUUGAAGAUGCAUUCCGUAUAAUGUAUGCCCUACCGUCACAUGUAGAAGCCCUUCCACCCAUGCCUGAAGAUGGAGGGCGCUGGUCAGCCCUACAUAGCUGGGUCAUGCCAACCUCUUCUUUUCUGGAGUUCAUUAUGUUUUCCAGGAUUUUUGUGGAUUCUCUCGAUUAUUUGCGUGUAAAUUCAAGCAACAUGACUUCUUGUUUGUUGGGGUCUUCAGUGUUGGAGAAGCAGCAUUGUUACUGUCGGGUGAUGGAACUUCUGGUCAACGUAUGGGCAUAUCAUAGUGCACGUAGGAUGGUUUACAUUGAUCCCCACUCAGGUUUGCUGGAGGAACAACAUCCGAUAGAACAACGGAAAGGAUUUAUGUGGGCGAAGUACUUCAACACCUCAUUAUUGAAAAGUAUGGAUGAAGACCUUGCUGAAGCAGCAGAUGACAAUGACCAUCCAUAUGAAAUGUGGUUAUGGCCAUUAACAGGGGAAGUUUACUGGCAAGGUGUAUAUGAGCGUGAGAGGGAAGAAAGAUAUAGGUUGAAGAUGGACAAGAAGAGAAAAACAAGAGAGAAACUACUCGACAGGAUGAAACAUGGAUAUGUGCAGAAGGCACUUGGAAGAUUGAAGCUGUAGAUCUCAGCAGGAAGAGUUGAAAGUUUUGUUGGAAUUUCCUAUUCCUAUUGUCGUCGAGGAGGUGAGGUGAUAAUUUUUCUAAGCUUGAGCAUUCGAAGAGCCUCAUGCUGAUAAUGGAGUAAAGUGAUUGUUCCUUAACAGCAUCAGAGGUAGUUGGAACUGACUUAUUCUUCUGACGUUACUGAAUACAUUAAACGGGGGUCGCAGGUGCCAAGAUACACUUGAAAAAAAGCAAGCUAAGCUAGAAUGACAUACCAACAAUUUUGUAGCCAACAUAGCAUACAGGUAUAAAUUGCACGGCCUUCAACACUACUCCAGAUCUAACUGAUUUUGACUGGAAUUCUUUAGACAUACAAUUGUAUUCUUUUCACAUGUACAUAUCCUUUGAAAUAACGAUCCAAUUCUUCUGAAAAGCCCCUUUUUUUGCUCUCUGACUUGUAACUACUAAAACCAUGACACCCUCGAGUAGAGGUUUACAAUUUUGACUAACUUAUGGGCUGCUAUUGCUUGAGGGGCAGAUUUCGUACUCGUAUUUAUA